UACGUUCGUCUACCCCUAUGGGGCCACGUUAAAUGUGAUGAAGCCUGCUGUGGCCGUUCUGUCCACUGGAUCUGUGUGUUUUCCACUCAACAGGCCUGUUCUGGCCUUCCACCAGUCAAAGAACGCUGGCAAACUGGCCGUUCUGGGCUCCUGCCACAUGUUCAGUGACCAGUACCUGGACAAGGAGGAGAACAGCAGGAUAUUGGAUGUUGUUUUCCAGUGGCUUACAACCGAUAGCAUUCAUCUCAACCAGAUUGAUGCAGAAGACCCAGAGAUCACAGACUACAUGAUGCUGCCGGACACAGGGAGUCUGUCCGAGCGCCUGAGAGUGUGUCUGCAGGAGGGAGACGAGAACCCGCGAGAUUUCACAUCUCUCUUCGACAUGUCCCUGCUAAAGCUGCACACAAACACUCUUCCUUCUGUCCUGGAUGCUUACAAGCAGCUGAAUGUCAAACACGAGGCUCUCCAGCUGAUCACACCGCAGUUUGAAACCCCUCUGCCUCCUCUGCAACCUGCCGUUUUUCAGCCGGCCUUUAGAGACCUUCCUCCGCCAAUGCUGGACCUGUUUGACCUGGACGAGACCUUCUCCUCUGAGAAAGUCAGGCUUGCUCAACUCUCCAAUAAAUGUACCGAUGAUGAUCUUGAAUUUUAUGUACGUAAAUGUGGAGACAUUUUAGGAGUGACCGGGAAUUUGGACAAAGACAAACGAGAUGCCAAGCACAUACUGGAGCACGUCUUCUUCCAAGUGGUGGAGUUCAAGAAACUCAAUGAAGAGCACGAUGUGGACACUGCAGAAGCGAGGUUCAACAUGUACUGAAGCAGGAGCUCAGGAGGGUUUAUUUAUGAGAUUUGUGUGUACAUUAUAGAGACUCAAUCUGCAGUGGAGCUGUAAACACAACACUUCUGGUGCAAGAAUGAUCAGGUGUGGUUUAUCAAUUUAUAACUAUAAUUAUGAACUCUUCAAGCCUAUGGUUUAAGGAGUUAACCUUUCAGUUUUGUCAAUAAAUAUGAGCUUUUGUAUAUCCACA